AUGACGUUCAGGCUGAUUCAGACCGACACAGGAUCAAAGAUGCAUCUGCUACAUACUGACUGGAAGCAGCUCGACGUGUGUGUCUCCGCUAUUCUUUAUCACAGCAUCACACAUGGAGAGGGCAGAAAACCAGCUGCCCCCUGUCUGCGAAGUCAGGGAGGCAACACCUACAAGGUUCCUGAAGGUUCCUCUGCUUUAAGAGUGCUUCUAUACCUCGAUCAUCCUCAGAGGAGUUUUUCUUUGUGGCUCUCCGAUGCCUCCAGGCUGCUAGAAGCUCAGUUUAUUCUGGCUCUGAGAGGUUCUCUUCAGUUUAUUCAUGGUUCUGUUUUUGGACACCAGACAGCAGUGAAGUCAACACACACAAACAGGCCUCUUCGCACACCCAAAAGAAAGGCUUCACCAGGCCCAGGCAGGUCUGAUUCCUCCGUGAACUGCUGGGACCAACAGGCUGAAACUCAUCCAGCCUCCCGACGGCAAAUUAAAGAGGAUCACCGAGGCGGUAUUUAUAAGGUUUCGCUGAGGCCACAGAUGAGAUUCCAGUCACUGUGCAUCUUUAUUGAAGGUGGUCAUUCUGGGUGCAAUGGGACUGCUGCGGAGUUCUUCCUUUUUAUUGGCUUAUUCCAAAAUCUGCCAACAAGAAACCUCCUGCCCCAGAUCCUGCCAAAAAAAGAGCGAUGCGACCGAGAGUCACAAAUUCAGCAAGUUUUAUAGGUUGAACUGCUGGCAGUGUUUCUGCAGAGGAAAUUAAAACGUACUGAAUCAAUGAAAGUUGGAUUUUUCUGAUGCAGUCACUUGUAUUUAAAUAAUGUUGCAGUUAAAACCGCAAAAAACUGCAAAAAAUUUUUAAUGAUUUGUGCUUGAACAUAUUAAGUGUGAUGUGCAGAAAAUUAAACAAAUUUAAGAUUAAAAUCAAAAUAUUUCAUCAAUAUUACCUUUUUUCUACAUCUUUUAAUAAAAUUUAACAAAAAUAAAGAGAAAGAAUAAUU